AUGGCGAUUAAAAAUACUAUGUGUAUUCUCAAAAGAAAUGACGAAAUCUGUAACCACUAUGAAUGCCACCUACAUUACUCCUUACAAGAGAACUCAGUAAGCAGCAUGAAUUUUAUGGUUCUCGAAGCAAUGAGCAGAAACAGUAUGGCGAUCUCGAACUUAUGCGAUAACCAUUUAAAGAUCAUGAACGAGAUUAAUUCCUUAAAGCAAAUUUGCUCUCAAAUCCGUGAUUCGAUAUCGGUGGAUGAGCAAAUUUUGCCAGACCAAAAUUUGAUAGUCAGAAGAGCACUUCUUAUGGUCAAAGAAAAUUAUGAUUUUCCUAUUCGGCUUGAACUUGAUAAAACUUUCCCAUCAAAAAUAUGCAAGGAAAGAGGAUUCAAACUUAGUUUCCACUUAGAAAAUAACGGGAACCAAGCAAUUAAAACGCAAAGAAAUGCAAAAUUUAAUAUAUUUUUAGUCACUCAUAAUGAACCUCCAAUUGUUCUGGAUAAAAAUUUAAGUGGGAAAUCCAUUCUGAGAGGAACUCAUGAAGCAGCUGAAAAUGAAAACGGUCAUAUUCAGUUUUCUAAUAUAGUCGUUAAUGAAGUGUCUUCUCAUUACAAGGAAAAUUCUUUUAUUUUUAUUGUCUUGUGCCUCAGUAACUUAAAUAUAAAGCCAUUUAUAAAAUGAAACCUCAAUAUAAGGGCAAGACAAGCGUUAAAGAACCGAAGGCGAUAA